UUCCUUCAUAUUUCGAUCCACCCCAUUAUCCAUUGAACUAACAAUGGAGCCUAAAAGUCUAAUUAUUGCUCUCUUACUCUUAUCUCUAUUCUUUGGAUCCUUAUCCGCUACACCCACCAGGAAAAUCAAGGCUCGAAACCCUUGUAAAAGGUUAGUUUUCUAUUUCCAUGACAUUAUUUACAAUGGCAAGAACUCUAACAAUGCAACUUCAGCCAUGGUAGGAGCACCAGCUUGGGCUAACACGACGGUAAUGGCAGGACAAAACCAUUUUGGUGACUUGAUUGUGUUUGAUGACCCCAUUACAUUAGACAACAAUCUACACUCAACCCCAGUUGGUCGUGCCCAAGGUUUUUAUGUUUAUGACAAAAAGGACAUUUUCACAGCUUGGAUGGGGUUCUCCUUUGUUUUCAACUCUACACAACAUAAAGGGAGCAUAAACUUUGCUGGGGCUGAUCCGCUAAUGAACAAGACUAGGGAUAUUUCAGUGGUUGGUGGCACUGGUGACUUCUUCAUGGCUAGAGGGAUAGCCACUUUGAUGACUGAUGCCUUUGAAGGAGAAGUUUAUUUCCGGCUUCGUGUUGAUAUUAAAUUGUACGAGUGCUGGUGACAAAUUUUGUUUGUGACUGAUUGUUUAUUAUUUUUUUUAAUUUUCUUUUUUCUUUUUUAAUCAAAUCAAGAUUUCUUUGUCACUUACCCAAAAACAAAUAAUUUCUGUUUUACAUGAAGGAUAGUAUGUAAUAAACUUCUGCCCACUUUGGCGCUUU